GCGCGCAUCCCCGGCGCCCGGCGCGGCGGCAGGCAGGCUCGGGGCCGCGGCGCCCCGGAGCGGAGCGGACAAAGCAAGAUGGCAGGGAUCCUCGCCUGGUUCUGGAACGAGAGGUUCUGGCUCCCGCACAAUGUCACCUGGGCGGACCUGAAGAGCACGGAGGAGGCCACCUUCCCGCAGGCUGAGGACCUGUACCUCGCCUUCCCGCUGGCCUUCUGCAUCUUCAUGGUGCGGCUCCUCUUCGAGAGAUUUGUAGCCAAACCAUGUGCCAUAGCCCUCAACAUCCAGGCCAAUGGACCACAAAUUGCCCAGCCAAAUGCCAUUCUGGAAAAGGUCUUCACUGCAAUUACGAAGCAUCCUGAUGAAAAGAGACUGGAAGGCCUCUCCAAGCAGCUGGACUGGGACGUUCGCAGCAUUCAACGCUGGUUUCGACAAAGAUGCAACCAGGAGAAGCCAAGCACACUGAGGAAGUUCUGCGAGAGCAUGUGGAGAUUUUCAUUUUCCCUUUAUGUAUUUACCUAUGGAGUCCGGUUCCUAAAAAAGACCCCCUGGUUGUGGAAUACAAGGCAUUGCUGGUACAACUACCCCUAUCAGCCACUCACAACUGACCUUCACUACUAUUAUAUCCUGGAGCUGUCGUUUUAUUGGUCAUUAAUGUUUUCCCAGUUCACUGAUAUCAAAAGAAAGGACUUUGGCAUUAUGUUCCUGCAUCACCUUGUAGCUAUUUUCUUGAUUUCCUUUUCAUAUGUCAACAAUAUGGCCCGAGUAGGGACGCUGGUCCUCUGUCUUCACGAUUCAGCUGAUGUUCUUCUAGAGGCUGCCAAAAUGGCAAAUUAUGCCAAAUUUCAGAAAAUUUGUGAUCUUCUGUUUGUUAUGUUUGCUAUGGUUUUUAUCACCACACGACUGGGUAUAUUUCCUCUCUGGGUGUUAAAUACCACGUUAUUUGAAAGCUGGGAGAUCGUUGGACCUUACCCUUCCUGGUGGGUUUUUAAUCUACUGCUGUUGCUAAUCCAAGGCUUGAACUGCUUCUGGUCUUACUUGAUUGUAAAAAUAGCUUGCAAAGCUAUUUCAAAAGGCAAGGCUGGGAAGUGGAACCCUUUACAUGUGUCCAAGGAUGAUCGAAGUGAUAUUGAGUCUAGCUCAGAUGAGGAAGACUCAGAACCUCCAGGGAAGAACCCCCACACUGCGACUACCACCAAUGGGACCAGUGGUACCAAUGGGUACCUCCUGACUGGGUCUUGCUCCGUGGAUGAUUAAUUACUCAAAACUACAAGUCCCGAACAAAGUGAACUGUUUGUUCCUGGAAGUAUUUAAUAAGUUGCAAAUGCAGUUCCUUUCAUUAUAUCUCAGCACCAGAAACAAAAAUUAGGAUUAUCAAAGCAUUUUGAAUAGUGCACUGCCAUAUGUCCUGUCUGUGAAUGAAGAAGAAUUACCAUUCUCUAUAUGUAGGCAUGCUGUAUGUAAUUGACACAAGGGAACAGUAUUUGCAUUUGUACUGUCUUAGAAUAUUAUUUAUAUUUCAUUUUUGUUUGUAAAUCUGCGGACAAAAGAGGGUUUCCUCACUCCUUUUACUCUCUGGGUUCAUGACAGUGAGGGAGAUGUGCCAUCUGCUUCUACCCCUUUCUAUUGCUGUAACUCAGUUCGAUAGGAGCAUCAGCUUUAUUUGUCACUUAGAGCAAGCAAAACCCAGCGCAAGAUUCUCGUACUGCUCCAAACAGGUUUGCUUUCUUUGUGUUACAGUGCCUGUUUUGAAAUUGCCUAUAUAGUCUCAGUGACCAUUUUCCCAGUGUAAAGUUUAAACAGAAUGAGCUAGGCUUUUUAAUUGUCACUCUUCAUGGUCAAUUAGCACUUCAAAUUAAACAGUAUGGUUAUUUGAGAACUUGAAAAAAUUGUUUUGUAUUGAAUUGCUUUGGAACAGACGUUAUUUCUUGUGCACAUGGCCAAGAUGUCUUCAAUGAGUAUGGUAACUAGUUGGAGGUGAACUUUGAAGGUUACAGAGGGGUUUUUUGUUUCUUUGUUUAUUCCCUAUUAUGAGGUCAGUGCUCUGGCUCUGAAGGAAGACAUUUGCGUAAGGUCAUCGUUGAAACCAGUGAAGUCACUCUUACCGUUGGGAAUUUGUCCUGUGAUCUGAGAAUAACAGAAAGAGAACAGCUGAUUUCAACCAGGUUUCAGCACUACCCCCAUAAUUACCACAGUCAUGAAAAAGAGAAGCUAAGUAUAAUUUGGCACAGCAAAGGAGACUUUGAACAGUUGGCAAAGGUCACCUCUAGUGCAAAGCACUUUAUUGCAAUCGGCAUUCGAGGAAGUGCCUAUCUAGUAUUUGAUCUUGAUGUUUUGAUUUUUCCGAACAAAAUAAAGCCAACGGGAGAAGGACGAUUUUACUGUUUGUCUUUUCUCCUUAAAUAUGACCCAUAGUGACUCUCCUGUUGCUAGAAACUGAGCAGUGUUGCACUUGAAGUCCUUUGGUUUGCUUCUUUGAAGACUUGUUCAGUUUCCAGGAAUUUUUAUUCAAACAGAGCUAUUUCCAGAAAAAGAAAAGAUAAAAAUUAUACCGGACUAUGGCAAUAUCAGCAAUGAGGAAGAUUGCCAAAAAAUAAGUUGCUGUAGUCUCCUACCUGGCAGUGUUAUGUAUGUAUAAAUAAGAAAACCAUUCACAUAAGCCAAAGAUUUUAUCUCUUUUCUUCCAACUUUUAGUAAGAGGGAAUAAAGAGGUAUUACAAACACUUAUUUCAUACACAAAACAAGAGUCGAAAACAAGGUAGUAACAUAAAUCUGUGAGUCAGAUGAUACUGAAGACAACAGGAGCAGAAAUCCUAGGGAGUGCAUGUCUUCUUAUGGCCGUUCAAAUUUUUGAAAACAUUGAAAUAAAUCUUUGUGCCCACAAUUUGCAACCUGUGAGUUAAUAGUCAAAAUAAUACUCCCAAACAAAACCUCACACCGGUUAUUAAAUCUUUCCCCACCUGUAUAUGAAAGAGUCUGUUUCUGUAAAGCCCAUAAGUAAUCAUCGAAGAGCUUUAGACAUAUAUCUGCUUGUUGAUUGAGAAAACGAUGCAACUAAUUAUUCUCAUAAAGCCUUGUUAUUUUAUUUCACAAAACAGGGCUAUGUCUAGGAGUAUAAUUUGUGGAUGGCUUGAGACCAGUCAUAAAACAUCAAAAACACUUGUUCGUCAUCUGAACAUCUGCUAAAAGGCAGAUAUUAUAAAAUGUAGCAGCAAGCAUGUUAUGUAGCUGAAAAAAUGUUGAGAAGGUGAAAGUUUCCUUUCUUAUCAACUAAAAUAUGGAAAAGAAGAGUGAAUUGUAUCUUGCUUUAGUGUCUGGAGCAAGUCCUCACAACGGGAGAAAUAAACCAGAGAACCACAGUGUGUUCACAUUUGGAUCAUCUGAUACUCUACCACAGAAGAAUAAUUUCAGAAGAUCGGCUUGCAAAUUGUUUAGCAGAGUUGCAUGAAAUGAAGUAAAUUGAGUCUGUCCUCAGCAAAUACAAAUCUAAGCAAUCUUUUGUUUUUCCCAAAAGUCACUUCAAAGGAGGACUGAGAAUACUCAGAGCCUCAGUGACCGAUACAUUAAUACAGUCCCCAGUGUAUCCAUAGAUUUUUAUUUCAUUUUUCCAUUUUAGGGCAGAGAGUUCUUUUUGAUUAAUCAAAGUGGUGUUUGUAGACCUGUUAGGAUGAAAAAUAAUAUAUUUCUGUCUACUCCUCCCCCAUGGUGGCAUGAUAAGACUGAGAGAAAAAAAAUAUGUGUUAUCUUAUCUUCUACUUGUGCCAGGCCAUAGCUUUGGAAGUGUAUUUUGUAUAUUCAACUGUAGGUUACUGAAAGUGUUGUUUCCCAUUAAUUAACUUAGCCCAUGUCGAUACCUCCUUCCUCCUGGUCGUAUUCAAACCUUUCCAGGGUAACAAGGGGUGUGUAGGAAGGAGCCUAGAAAAAGUAAUAUUUUAUUCUCUAAUGCUAUAUAGCUUUUCUAGAUCUCUUAGUGGAGAAAAAAGUAGAAAGUCAAGUAGAAUUUGGCCUUGGGUCAAUAGAUGACAUGAAAAUGUGUGAUCUAUGUACGUUACAUGUAUGUUUCUCCAAAAAACAUGAUAAAACCAAAAUAGCACUGACUCAUCCUUAUCCAUAUUUUUUUUCAUUAAAAACCAUCCACCGUGUACAGUAGAAACUUCCCACCUCCCUCUCAACUUCCUGUUCGUGCCACUCACCCGGCUGAAACUGGUAGGAUCCUUUCAGCCUCUUGCCUUAGGCUAAGAUCACAGAGGGCCUAAGGUCAGCAUAUAAGCCAAAUGUAGUUCACAUUUCCAAAUUCAGUGGUGCACAUGUGGAGAAUAGAGGAGUAACUGUCAGUAUUUGGGAUGAUUAAGGUGAAUGUCAGAAAAAAGGAAUUUGGUUGCUGUUUCACCCCAAGAUUUUAUUAACAUCCAUCUCCUGCCAGGCUGCGAGACAGAUGGUGUCCCGAGGUACCAUCAGAUAAUGGAACAAGUAACUGACAAAGAUGAACUAGGAAGGUGGGUAGGCUCCCCAAAGAAAGCAAGCAGUUGGGUGAGAGAAAUAACUCUUCACUGAGAUAAAAUCAGACCGCAUUUAUCCAAAAUCGUGGGUGAACCUCAAAAUCUCCAGUUCUGUUGCCAACAUCCCAUUCUGAGUAUUUGAUUGAGGUUGCAUUUGAGCAAACUGAAUGCUUUUACCUUAGGCAGAAAGGGUCUGGACCUCCCACUUGGUGUAUUUGAACCUCACUGUUAUUUAGGCUGAAGGAAAAAAUGAGAUUUCGGUUCAGUUCUCCUGAAUCUUUGCAAAAGAGCCCUUCAGAGAGAACUUUGUGGAUGCCCAUGAUUGUUCUCCUUCUGUUCAUGACUUUGUAUCGAUAGUUAUUUUUGUCGCUUUCUUAGAAAUGCUAAUGCCAAAGUUGCCUGAAUAUUUGAGUAUUCUUAAUUUGCAGUGUACAGACUAAUUCCAAAGGUGUUAAGAGAUUCUGUUUGUGUAUGUGAUGCUGUCGUUAUGUCCAGAGAGGCUUCAAGAAAUCCUUUGGAAAUAAAAGGUUAAAUGUUUACAUUUUCUGGGAUAUUUGAGGUCUUAAGAUACUAAUUAGCUUUUUUUUUUUUUCCUUUGGCUGAUUUCCUGCUUUGUAGAUAAGUAUUAGUAUCCCUGAAAUGUAAGAAAAAACCAAAUUAGAUCAAAGUCAGCCUGAUGAAAAAGUGAUGACAAGGCACUUAGUUUUUAAGUAACUUGUAUGGGAAGAGAAAAUGCAGUUAGCUCUGAUUAUUGCACUUGCUGCCUAGCGUGCUGCUCCUGAAAGGAAACCCCUCAGUGACCAUAAGCAAUUCUUGAAUUCAUGCACAUGCAGCAGAUAGUACUGGUUUACUGUGGCCACACUGUGUAGUUUUUGAUUGUAGCAGGCCAGAAGAGGACCCUGUGGUCUGCCUUUGUGUGCAUGGUCCCCUCCCCUCCCCUAAGGGGUGCCUAGUAGACGCGAGGAGGCCCGUGUGUCCACUCUAUGCUGUUGUAAUGUCUCUAACAGGUACUCAGAGGGAGCAUACCCGAUGCUGGUUUUCUUGGCGAAAACUUACCUAGGAAACAUAAAGCAUCAUAAGUAACAGUUUGUAAGAUCCGUGGACACCCAAAGGAGACCCUUAGCCUUUUCCAGCUAUUUCUAACUUAAGUUCAUUCAGCCUGAAGCCUUUGAAAGGAAUGGCUUAGCAAAUGGCCACAAGCUAAGACCCCAUCAGAUCCAAGAAGUAAAAGUCUCUGCAGCCAGAUGGCACAUCUUACAGUGUCUUCACAAGACUCUUAUCAAGAUUGCCAGGAACUGACGGGAGGGGACGGUUAGCCCAAGAUCUGUGUUGCUCAUCUCAUCCACCCACAUUCCUCUCAGCCUCCUGGAACUCUUGAUAAGAGGAAACCAAAAUAUUGUCACUUAUCUGCUAUCAACUUCCCAAAAGACUGGAUCCGUUGCUUUACCACUCUUCUUUCUCUGAUUCCAUUUUUCUUAAAAAGUCUCGUGCCCAUGAAAGCUUGGUUUCCUAUUUUGCUAUAUGUGGCAUGGCCUGGAAACCAGGGACAACAGCUAUUGGUAUGAUUUCUGUGUUAAGUGAAAAAUUAGAUUUUAUACAGAUCAUCUUUUUUCUCUUGGAUCUCUAGUAAUUUUUUUAAACUGUCGUUGUAAAACUGCCCUUGAGAAAUUAGAGGCUUUUAAAGACUAGUUGCCAAAGAUAAAUUAGCUCUGUAAUAGGAACAGUUAGUUAUGUGGCAAUUCUGGGACUUUGACUUAGGGAUUCAUUAAUUUAAAGAUGGAAUCCCCCCCUCCAAGAUUGAUUUCCAAAAGUUUCGUGAAGCUUCUAAGCCUGUGAUUCUCAUCAUCUUUUGGUGGGUGCACAGAAUCGGUCACCUCCGUAGCCAUUCGUUGUCAAGCAAGGGGGAGAGGGUUCGUUUGGGGAUUUGAUUUUUUUUUUUUUCAAUUUGCAGUGAGAAAUAGGAUAGGUGACAAACUCUUACAUGUUUUCUUGAGACAAUUCAGUGCUUGAGCAUCUCUGUCAGAAGUGGAAUGAUGUACUGUUAGCCAAUUAGAAUUAUUUUAUGUAUUGUUAACUGUGUUUUGCUGAUUUUUAUAUGAAAAUAUAAUUAUUCGUUCUUGAUCUCUGGAAGCAAUCAUUAUUAUGAGGAUCAUUUUACUUUGGAAACACUUUCAUAAUAAAGAUAAGUAUUAAGAGGAA